AUGAGUCUCCUGCCAAACCGCGCCGCCCGCGUCCCUGGCCCUUCGGGAUCGCUGUGCGCGCUGCUGGCGCUGCUGCUGCUGACGCCGCCCGGGCCCCUGGCCAGCGCUGGUCCAGCCUCGAUCGUAGUGCCAGAGCUGCGGUGCGUAUGUUUAACCAUCACAACCACGGUUCGUCCCAAAAUGAUCAGUAAUCUGGAGGUGAUCGCCGCAGGCCCACGGUGCUCCAACGUAGAAAUUAUAGCCAUCUUGAAAAACGGGAGGCAAAUCUGUCUGGACCCAGAUGCCCCUUUGGUCAAGAAAAUCAUCCAGAAAAUUUUGGACAGGUACCGGGGACGUUGA